GUCGGUGGACGCUGUACAUAAAAACGAGCACGCAGCUGUGACUCGGGGCUCUUUCUUUGAAAACACUGUCAGACAAUCAGGAAGUGAGACAACAGAGACAGCAGAGACACAGCAGAGACACCGAGGGACAAACAGGUCAACACAGACACUAAUGUUACACAUUAUCUAGUAAAUAACAACAUCAGCUAGUGAGCAGCAUUAGAAACGGAACAUAAAGGUCACUAAAGGAGCCACAGAGGACUUCAGAUAUGUCGUUUUAUAGCUAAUAUUCAUGUAAACAGCUGCUAGCUACCAGCUAACAUCACUGUAACUGUUACACCUCUCAGCUAACAUGUCUGGUCACAUAUUCCUCCUCGUGUUUCAUGUCAUUUAGCUCUAUAUGAGUGGUUAAUAGUGUCAUGAGUAACGUUACAGACACAUAAUGGUAAUAAUAAUAAACCCUGGGACCAGUACUGGACUAGUAGGACACUGUUAGCUAGUAGUGUCUUCAAUGGAGAGAAGCAGAGAGGAAGCUGCUGAUGAAGAGGAUGGAGAGGAGGCAGUGAAGCCAGGCAGGUCAGAGGAUGAAGAAGAAGUACCAGACCCAUCAGAGGCCAUGUUGGCUCUGAGGCUCUGCAGAGACCUGGUGUACCAGGACCAGGAGACUGGACCAACUGUAUCCAGUGGUGUGAUGAUGUCUGAGAGUCCAGCAGAUCCAGAGAGGGACGCUCCCUCCGUGUCUCCCUCCAGCCUCAUGGACACCUGUGGUCCCUCUACAUCCAGCCUCUCCUCCUCUCCUUACUCCUCCGCCCAUCAUCCUCCUUCAUCCUCAUCUUCCUCUUCCUCUGUCUUGUCUUUGACUCCACCCUUGCCUCCCUCUGUGGAGCUCCCAGCUCUGUUGACGGACACAAGGCUGACCCUGGAUGUGUACCGGGGGGGAUCAGCUGCUCUGCCUCUGCUCUGGGGGUCCAUCCCGUGUCAGCUGAGGGGCCUCCAGUACCUGAGACUGGGCUCUGAGGAGAAGCCGGGCCUGGAUGGUGCACUGGGUGUCCUACAUCAUCUGACAGCUCUGCGUUCACUGGCUGUUCGGGGACACUGUUUUUAUGACUCGCAAGGUGACCCGCUGCCUGGCCUCCUCACCACUUUGCCCACAUCUGUUUCCUCCCUUUCUCAUCUGGUGCACCUGGAUCUCUCCUUCAACCAGCUCUCCUCUCUGCCGUCCUGCCUCCUCAGCUUGCCUGCGCUGUCCUCUUUGCUCCUCUGUCACAACCACCUCUCAGCUCUGCCUCCCGAUAUAGGCCAGCUAUCCUCCCUCACCUACCUAACCCUCCUGGGGAACGAGCUGGUCUCUCUUCCCCCGAGUCUGGGUCGGCUGAAAACCCUACAGACACUGGAUGUUUCACAUAACCUCCUUCAGCAGCUACCUGAUGAAAUUGGUUCUCUGGAGGAGCUUGUUAAGCUGGAAUUGUCCCACAACAAGCUGACGCAGCUACCAGAGAGCAUGGGCUCCCUCCUCGCCCUCAGGGAGCUUGUCAUCUACAGCAAUGACCUCCGCCUGAUCCCUCAAUGUCUUUACAAACUGCCUCUGCUGAAAAUAGAUGUGCGUGACAAUCCUUUGGGACGACCCCCAACCCCUCCUCCUCUCCCUCCUACACCUGAUCAAGCAGAAACAAAGAUUCAAGAGUUGCACCUCGGAUUUAACGAGCACAGUUUCUGUGUUUCGUCUGCUGGGUGUCAUGUGUUUCUCCCAGGGGGGGCUGAGCUGCUGUUCCCCCCGGGGUGCCUGGAGACAACCACAAGACUGAAGUGGCUCGAGAAACGGCCAGAUAGGAAGUGGGUGUGGCUGGAGGAGCAUGACAUCUUGCUGAGUCGUCCACUGGAACUUCGUCCUCAUGGAAUUACAUUUCAGAAGCCCGUGGAGGUGUGUGUGCCAUAUCAUCGGACAAAGAGACGGGAGGUGGUGGUGCAGAGGUUUGACGGACAGUCAUGGAGCACUCUGCCCACUGAUCUGAGGAGAGGAAGCGAGAGCCACAGCAGCCGCCCUGGUGGACGUCCAGCUAGGCUGGCCUGCUGCUCAGUGAGCCACUUCUCCUGGUUUAUGGCAGUUUCCCGUCCAGUGAAGGACAGUUGCUCCGUUACACCAGCCGGAGCCCUGCUGGUAUCCAGCGCUGACCCUGGAGUUAAGCUCCACUUCCCUCCAGACUCCACCGUGCAGAACCGCACUAUAACCUUACAGGUGCUGCAGGUUUCUGUGUCAGAGGUUCAGGCACUGUGUGGUGAUACUCAGGCCAGAGUUAGCCCUCUGCUCUGCCUCUCCCAGACACCCAGCAUGCAGUUUUUGCAGCCUAUCAAAGUUCAGGUCCCUCUGCCAUCUGGAGUCACAGGCCACACGGUCGAUGCGUCCUGUUUGCAUCUGCUACACGGAGACCCCACUGCCCAAAACUGGACUGACAUCACAUCACAAGUGUCUCUCAACAUCACCCAUUUAUACGCCAUUUUCUACAUCACACAUUUCUCCUGGUACUGGCUGUGGUACACUACUCAUAGCUGUGUUAGCGGGGUGGUCAGGAAGGUCUAUCAAAGGCUAAAACAGUUUAAAGUCCAGUUCUUCGUCCUCCAGAGGAAGACUGAUCCUUCACAAGUUAUGCUGCAGUGUUUACCUGCUAACAAGGUGGACGGCAGAGUGCAGUCUUUGUCAGAGCAAUACGACGGCCCUCAGCCUUCAGACCUGUGUGACCUGCUGGAAGGAGAGCAGUUCUUCGCCGGCUUUGAGAGGGGCUUAGAUAUCAGCACAGAGAGACCCGACUGUGUAGCGGGAAGGCUGUGUUUUGUGUUUUACUCCAGCCUGAAGAAUCUGAAGGAAGUGUACAUCUGUCCAGCUCAGGGUCAGACGGGGCCAGUGAGGGGACAAGUGUCUUUUUAUAGAGGGAAGAUUCCCAACAACCUGCCAGAGGAAGUGGCGAGAAAGAGGAAAGGAGCUGACAGCCAGUGGCUUGCCACUUUACCACUAAGACUUCCUGCUCUAAACUCAGAAAAUAAUUUUAUAAUGGAAGAGCUCCAGUAUCCUCCUCUGAACCUGGGUGACCCUGAGAGCGGCUACCUGACGGAGGCCAACCUGCUGUCCAUCUCUCUUCAGAUAGGACAGGACUGGCGUGUCAUCGGCAUCAGUCUUGGCUUAAGCUACCAGGAGUUGGAUCGCAUCCAGUUCAAGUACAGGGACAACCUAGGAGCCUUGGUGCUGGACAUGCUGUUCCAAUGGGCCCGGGGACAGAAGAACGCAGGACCAGGAGCAGCGUCGAGGCUGGCGGCCGCCAUGAUCGAGAGCGGCAGGAGAGACCUGGCGGAUGAGAUUGAGGACAUUGUCAGUAUAGGAAGGAGAAAGUACUCUGAGUCGCUGAGGAGAGUGGGCCUGGAAGCUGAGAGCUCCUCCCACAGUGAAGCAGCAGUAGAUGAAGCCACGCUGGGUGCAGAUGGCUGACUUUACGCUUGAGUAACCUGUUUGUUUACAAUGUGCCCCGUCAUCUCAUCCUGCUGUCUAAACAACUCUCCUGGAGUACAAAAAUCUAUCUUAACACAAUCAGGAUAGCCACUUAACAGGUGGUGGUGCUUUUCACAAGACCUACAGGAGUCAGGUGAAAUGGAUGGACUGAUAAAGACAAUAGCCAGAGGCUUGUGUUUUCACACUUUAUAAAAACGGCCUCAGUAUUCAACUCUGUGGAAGCCCAUUUCUGCCAGAUAAAAGUGAUACAAGAUGAAAAAAAAAUACUCAUUGUAAUUCAAAAUGAUUUUUUACUUAAAGGGGCUCUAUGUAAGAAUUAACAGUGACAGUGUUGAUCCUAGUUUUCCCCCGACGUCGGUCACAUUCUUGUUUUGCAAGACGGGCUUCACUAGAUAUGACUUUGUUUUUAUUUGUGGAGUUUGUGUUGGAGUCUGAGUUGUGGUGGGGUCUGGCCCUCUAUUGGUGUUAGCAGACUCCCUUUCUAACCGAAUGUUAGCUAUGGUUGCACACUGUUAGCCCUGUAGCAGAGCUGAAGCGAGUAAAGCCACUCGCGAGCGCGCAUGACGUCACAUCCGUUGGAUUUCCCCAGAAAAAACGCCCUGCAUUCUAAAAGCAGUCUAUAGGCUGAUAGAAGAAACCCAGAAAGUCACAGAAGGUCUCAUUUUUUAGGUUGGGUUACAACCUGUUCACACAUUGGCAAUAAAAA